AUGUGAUGCAAAAAGGACGAGGUGUAUCAAAGAAGUAACAAAUGUGUUAUUCUCUGCAGACGCUGCUAGAACAAAAUAAUGUGUUAGGUGACCGUGUAAAAUGUUUAUUGUAGGUACUAUAGUUUCAUGCCUUGAACUCCUAAAGCCUGACAUUAUCUUUGGUGCCUUUUAAAGACUGAAAAUUGUCCUUGGACUAUUAUGGCUGUAUGGGCUUUUGACCCCUUUGCCUGUCUAGAUGGACGAACAAAACCAAAAAAAAAUGUCUUUGGACUAUAAAAUCGGAGACUUGUCACUUGUCCUUGUAACUUAUAAAAAUCGACCGUUAUCUAUAUAAUUUGUAUUGUGAAUUAAUGUUGUACAAAUUUUUGAAAAUAUACAAAUAAACACUAUUAACUAUGUUAUGAAUAAUAUUAUUACAAUCUAUUUGAAAUGGCUUCAAAAGGAUGGAGAAAAAUUGAAAACGAAGCUGGAUACCCAUGCUAUAUAGAUCAACACAGUGGAAAGCAAGAUUAUGAUCAUCCAAAUUUUAAAGAAAUAAUAGAAAGUCUUAAGGUUUAUGAUGGUAUUAAAUACUUUGCAUAUAAAAUAGCAUUAAAAAUUUUUGCAUUGCAGAAGGAAUUGAGAGUUCCACCUUUGAGGAUAAGUUCUGGUGUGUUUGCAAGGCAUCAAUUGAGCUUGUCGGAGAGUAGUUUGUCUUUAGACACUACUGAAUUGGAGUCAGUACUUGCUGACAUUUACUUUGCUGCAGAAAAAGAGGGUACAUUUGUUGGUGAUGUUGAUGUUACAGUAGAUCUAGUAAUAAAUUUAUUGCUCAAUGUGUAUGAUGUGCACAGGAAUACACAAAUAAGGGUUCUAGCUGCUAAAACUGUUCUGAUAUUGCUGAGUGAAGAGUCUGAGCUGGACAAAUGGCAAGCAUUGGCUAACUGUUGUGCUGAUCAUAACGGUUGUGUUUCUCCCAGACGACUCUUGGCGUUGUUGUUACAUGUCAAUGCGCUGACCAAGUACUUGGGCAGCACAAGAGAUCAGGUGCAGGAUGAUAUUAGUGCCUGUUUUAGGAAGAGUGCCGGCAUGCUGGGUGUAAGUGUAAGUGAUGUUGCUGAGUGGGGUGUCAAUAAUUGCUCGAGCACAAGAUGGCUAUCAGUUGUACAGAGGGUAGUGUCAAGUAGGAACUCUUCCACUGCUGAUGUUAAUUGUGCAGGGUGCCUACAGAUGUUAAUACAGGUUUUGAAAUUCAAGUGUGCUAAAUGCAGUGAUAUCUACUUUUGUGAAAGUUGCUAUUUAUAUGACAAAGACUUAAGCCAUGUAAGUGGUCAUAAGAAGACACAUUUGGUGUACGAAGUUGUCAACGGAGAGGUUAAACCUAAUGAAUGUCUCAGCUUUAUAAAAGGCAUGAAGAAAUUUUUCUUCUGCACAAAAUCGGGGAAAAAGAAAGCUAGCAAAAAGGUUUCUCAUAAGAGAAAAUCUGAUAAGAGACAGGGCUCUCUCAAGAGGAGUAAGCCGGCCAUAUUUACGUCUACCGUGGGGAAGGCUUCAGGUAAUAGUGCCGGCAAUCCAGCCUCUACCCUGCAAGACAUCAUACAACAGCUGGAAAAUCAGACAAUAGCGCUCAAAGAGAUUUCAUGCCAGUUGCAACAUAUAGCUAAAGACAGUGAUGAUGAAAUUAAGUCCAAAGUGGACAUUCACUACGAUCAGAUAUCAGCACAGAUAAAUAGAUUAAAGGAACUUAAGGAUAAUUUAACAAAUGACACAAAACCAGAAAAGGUUGACCGACCCCAAGCGUUUGACCUCUUCAGUCCCAUACCACUUGAUGAGAAACAGGCAAAAUUGGCAGCUGCAGUGAAAGCUCCACCGCGCGUGCUCAGUAUGGAUUCUGGAAACUUCUCCGUCACAUCGAAACACGAGAGUCAGAAUCUACUGACAAUGUCCGGAGAUGCGUUGAAACCCAUCGUUGUUCACGCGACUUCGGACAGCAUAUCUGCUGUUUCUAUGAACGAUAUCACUAACUGGUAUAAUGACACGCGGCCAAACCAGAAGUCGAAAACAAAACAAAUCGACAAAACAAACCAGAGUAUAUCGGCAACAGAGGAACGGUACGCCGCAGACAUUCGCUCUGUGGAGACGAGCAACGACAAGAUGAAGGAGUUGAACUCUGACCUGGACACAGUGCUGGACAGGCUGCAACAGAUCCUGACACACAACUUUACCAUGGAUGAAUCGUGUAUAGACAACAGUCAGCUGCGGGAGACAGCCACCGAGAUGGAAGGGUUGCUGGGAUCUCUGAUUCGCGGGGUGGAGCAGAGGGCCACACUCAACGUUAGUAAGGCUAUCGUGUAACGCACGGUGCUGGCUAGAACUGGCACUAAAUUAUUUUAAGAUAACAAAUAUAUAGAUAUAUUAUAUAUACUAAAAAUGACCAGAUUUUGAUAUAAAUACAAGAUAUUUAAGGUAUAAAAUACAGCCUAGCCUAAAUUUCAAUUUUUACUUAGACAGUUCCGCCUCUUAUUACGUAGUAUUUACAUCCUCUUUGGUAAAAUACGUAAAAACAUGUAUGACGUAACGGUUAGAACGUUUGAAAUUUUGGUUGUUAUAUUACGCGUUGUCAUUGAAUUUUUGAGGCGUGACGUCAUAAUUGGCCGCCAUGACACUUACGAGCGUUUUCGCGCGUAUUUCAGAGUAGAAUGAUAGAAGUGCGUUACAGCGUAUUUUAAUGUUGAAAAAUAGUUGUUUUCUUAAUUAUUUCUAAUAAGUAGAUGUGCACAGACAUUAUAAAUGACUAAUCCAAAAUCUGUCAACUUGUCUAUCGAAAAAAAUAGUUAAGGCAAUAGUCACAGUGCAUAAUAAUUUCAGACAUUGACCUAUCAUUAUACGUCUUGGUUUAUUUGCGUAUCUAUCACUACAUACAGAUGUUACACCCUGUGAUGUUGUGACCAUAGACUUAAAAUAAACUAGCGUAAAGACGACCUGGCAGUACUAUAAUGCUUAACCUUAAAAAUUUAGAUUUUGUCAAAGUGUGCAUCAGCUAGUGGUUUAAUACUGAAAAUACUAAGGAGCUACGAAGCUAAGCUUGGCUGACUUUAUACGGCUUGCCAAUUAAAAUCGGUGACCGUAACAAAAGAUUCGCUUUCUUUUUCUAUCUUGCUGUAUGCUGUUAGAAGUAUCGUAAAAUGGCGGAAUCGAGAGAAUAAAUCACAUUAUUGGUUUGAUUUAUUCUAAGUCGCUUAAAUUAUUUUACUUAUAUAUAAAUUAUUACUUAAUGACAAACAUAAUCUUAAAUCGCACGGAAAAUAUAAUAUCAUAAAAUUGUUGGCCAUAUUAGGUAACAUAAAACUUUAAAUUAAGCUGGGUUUUAACUGUAACACUCAAACUGAGUGCACUCGGGUAACUUACCAUACGAUAGCAUAUAGUUAACAUGUGCUUAAUUAAACGAGUGCACUCGGCUCCUGCGUUUCAGACCGUAAACACAGUAAACUAGCGUAAUAGACGAUCCCUGUGUGAAAGUGCGGUAACUAUCCUUAGACAAAAACCUAGAUGCGAGAAAAAGACGGAAUAGAUGGACCGUGAAACCGUUCUGAAACAAUUUAGUGUCCAUUAGUCUCCUGUCAAAUUGAACCGCAUUUUAAUUUAAGUGUUUUUAUCGUAAUUGUUCUGUGUUUUAACGGAUAUUAAAAAAAUAUAAUGGUGUCGUAUUCUGUGUUAGAGUGUGUGAGAGUCUCGUGCCAGAUUUUGACGAGACAACAUGUCCUGAGGAUGCCUCGUGUAGAGGCGAAACACGUGUCGAUUUGUUUAAAGACAAAUAUUAGCGGAAUUAACACUAAAGAAAACUCAAAUAAUUUGUAUAAUUAUGGAUUUCCGCAAAGUAACGCAUACAUCAAUAAAUUUUCUUAGAUUGUGUUGUUAUCUACAGCAACAAUCCAAAUAAAGUAAAUACUUUCGUGGUCCUUAUUUCCGUAGAACAUAUUCACAAAAAUAUUCUGUAUUAUAUUUUAUAUACGCAGUAAACACUAUUUUCUUAAGAUUAUAAUCAUUUAUGAAAAUAUGUGUUAGAAAAUAAAAUAUUGUAUGCGUGAAUAUGACGCCAUUUAUUAAUAUUUGUCAUAGGGAUUGUCUAAAAGCAAAAUACUACACAGUUCACUCACUCACUCACACAUGUGUAAAAUUAGUAAUGAGGAGAGUGUUUGUCUAUUACGCUAGUAUACCAAGUUUAUGGUUCAGAUAGUGAAAACCCCCCUUUACUCUAGCGAAUACUCUAGAAUAAUAAAUAAUCAUUACUUUGGGUCUGAUAAAAGGGAUAGUGAUAGAAUAAGAGAAAAAAAUACUAACCCCUUAUUCAUAAUAGUCUGCUAACUUAAAGCAUUGCUAAUUCUCACUCUGUCUUCUUCUAUUGACCUAAGUGCAAUGAGAAAAAACACUCCUAAGCGGCUAAAAUAAAGGGGGUUAGAAUUUAUAUAUUUUAAGCAUCUUAAUAUUGAAACACAAUGCUGAAAUUAAUUAUUUUAGUUAAGACUUGAUUUAAAAUAAUAUAUUUAUCACAGUUACAUUCCAAGUAAUAUUAUAAUGAACCCGUUUUGGUUUUCUCAUGUCUGUGAUGUAAUAUUGACUAUGCAAGAAAGACUUAUUUACUCUGAAUAUAACAUUUUAUUUUAUUGAUGUGUGAAUUUAAUUCAAAUGUAUGAUAAUUAUAUUAAAAACAAUUAUAUUACUUAAUAUACUCUCUAUAUUACCACCGGAUUACAGGCUGUCAGUUUUGUAGAGAUUAAUAAUUAUUAUUGUAGCUCGAAUAAGUAUAUGUUGUAAGUUUUUUUAUGAGGAUAUCAAAGUACUUGGAACGCGCGGCCCCGAGUAAGCAGAACAUCUUUCCUACUAGCGUUGAUUCCCGAAGACUUAACGCGAGUCGUAUGUAGGGCUGUCAACACGAAUUUACGAAUAAAUAUUCGAUCGAUUUCGUUCUGCUCUGCCUCCUUUUGUGUCGCCUAUUUUUAGCAGUUAAUAGGCCUGCCUACACUGCAAUUCACCCUUAAAUGCUAAAUGAUAAUAUAGAGAAAUGGCAGUCAUACCCACCAUCACGAGAUGAAAACUCUUCUCCACUCUCAGCUUCAUAGCCUAUGGCAAAUAAAAAUAUUUGCUUUUGCUAUUUUUUAGUAAAAUUUUCGUACUUAUAUAUUGAUAGUUUGCAAAUUUGCAGAUGCCAGAUUUGUACGAACCAUAGUAUAAUAAUAUACUCCGCCUGGUAUUCUCUUUCCACGAUGGCCUAGUACUAACUACAUCACGAUAUAUAUGUCAUACUGACAGAUGACAGCUCGCUAUGUCAUCGCUAUUGUCGUGUCCGCUCACAUCAAUAGCAAGUCUAUAGCGUUGUUUCACUCGAAAAUAGGAGUACUGUCAUUACAACUGUUGACGUAUUAGGACAAUCACGUGACCCAGCUGUCACUGGAACUGAAAUACCAGGCGAAGUAUAUUAUAAUGCCAUGGUACCAACCAUAUAGAAAAUCAAAAAAUUGUUUGAAUCCUCAGGCUUGUGCGUAUACGCUUUUACUUAGGUUACUUAAGUAGUGUUAUGUAAGUAGGUUUAGUUUAGCCGUCCAUUGUCAAGGUGCUCAGACAUCGAAGGUUUGAUCUCUAUGUGAUACGAAUAUCGAAAUAAAACUAGUAGAUAUAGAAAGUAACAUGCCAUAUAUUUUAUAUAAAAUUUACAUAUUGCCGUGUGGUUUAUAUAUUAAUGAUAAGUUAUAUAUUUUAUACAUUAAGUAAGUAAGCGUAAAAUUAAUGAUAUAUGCUAUGUGCCACUUAGAAUUAUGGGAUACAAGGAAACUCCUGUCGUGAAUGUAUUUUCAGAGUUAAUAGCUGAAAAUUUGUGUAUUUCUAAAAAGGUAAAUUAAAUGUACAAAUAAAGCAUACAAGAUGGCUCCGAACUUAAUAAUAAUUGGCCAAUCACCUCGAAUCUCCACUUUUAUUUCAAUUUGACACUUACUAUUUGACAGUUUUAUACAGAUACCUAUAAUUUGACCAUAGACAUACAAAAAAUAGAAUGCUUCACAACCUUAGAGUACAUAAAUAUAAUUUACAAGAUAUAAUAAUUAUUGUGAAAUAAAUGAAUCUCUUA